AUGGUGUCCUGCCGGAUUCCCUGGGCAUUAGCCCUACUUACAGUCGCGGCAGCGUCUCCUGUCACCAAGAUACAGAAGCGUGACCUUCCCGACUUUGUCCGUCAAUACGCACCCGUCGCCUACCUCCACUCCCAAGAGGUCUACUUCCCCAGCUCCAUCGCCGGCCAGCUCAGUCACACCCACCCUGAAGAUGACAACGGAACCAACAUAACGACACCCGCACCCCUCACGCUCGACAACUUGGACACCCUGAAUGCGUUUGCCAACGGCGGGCAAGACGUCUACCUCACCUCGGACGAAGGCAUCCAGGCGCUCCCGGCCUGGUUCCAAGGCACAAAGCCGUCCCCGUCGGGCUCGACGGGCAGCACCAUCGCGUCGGUGAUCGUGACGGUGGCCAAGCCCGACGACGUCCUCGACGCCUUCUACUUCUCCUUUUACGCCUACAACCAAGGCAACCGGGUGCUCGGCGUUCCCGAGCUCGAAUUCGGCGACCAUGUAGGCGAUUGGGAACACACCAUGCUACGCUUCGUCAACGGCACCCCGCAGGCCAUGUGGUUCAGCCAACACUCGUCCGGCCAGGCUUUCACGUACGCGGCCGUGGAGAAGUAUGUUGCAGAUGCCGCCGCCGGAGGAGAAGUGGGACUCCGACCGGUCGUGUACGUCGCCAAGGGCAGCCACGCCAACUACGCGACGCCGGGGUCCCACGACCACACGAUCCCGGGGCUGAACCUGCCGGACGGCCCGCUGGAAGACCACACCGACGCGGGUAUCUUUUGGGAUCCGCUCCUCCCCGAGAGCACGUACGCGUACGACUGGGACGCCUCGACGGGCGUAUUUGCCGCGUACCACAACACCGGCGCGAGUCCGACGACGACGAUGACGACGGCGUGGUUGGCCUUCUUGGGCCGGUGGGGCGACGCGCAGCUGCCCGACGAUGCCGACGGGCAAGUCGAUGUCUUUGGCCAGAGAAAGUACACGGCUGGGCCGACGGGGCCGGUGGAUAAAGAUCUCGGCAGGCAGGCCGUUUGUUCUGGUGAUGAUGAUGGGGAUUGUGUGGUGAGGACCGUGUUGACCGCGCGAAAGGGCUCGACGUGA